GUGAUCGCUGUGACGAUACCGCAAUAAUUGGAGCAGGGGUUACCGGAAGUUAUGCUGCGUGGCGACUACGUGAGAGAUAUCUGACAAUAUCAAUGUACGAGUACUCGAAUCGCAUUGGCGGACGCUGUUUCACAGUACAACUUCCGGGAAUACCGGAUGUGAAUGUUGAAAUGGGAGCAAUGAGGUUUUUACCAGACGAGCAUCCUUUAGUGGUCAAGACCGUCCACCACUUAGGACUAGAAGUUGUAGAUUUUGAACUUGGGGUGGGACCUAGUAACGACUCUUUGUACUAUCUAAGAGGGAAGCACAUGAAAUACAGUGAGCUGCCGACACAAGCACCUUAUUACCUUCCACCUGAAAACCGUAUUGAUCGUAAAACGCUUCAUAGAUAUUCGUAUGAGAAUUUCACUGUUUCUUCUCAAAAUGGGAACGUCAUUCAAUCGCUUGAUGGUGUGAGCUGUACAUGCAAAGGUAAGUCUAAGAUUAUGCAUUUUCGAGUUCGAGAUCUAUUUAUGGCAAAAUACCUGGACACAGAAACUACACAUUAUCUCAGGGAUAGUGCCAGUUUCCAUGACGGGUUUGGACCAGAUGUUGCAGCACUUAAUAGUGGUCCGGUUGAUCCGGUUUUGCCUUCCGGCAAAAAAGCUGUGAAAACAGGAUUCCAGUCUAUUCCCGAGGGACUGGUUGGACAAUUUCUCCAAGCCUGUAAUAAGCACAGUUUCUACUAUAAUCGUCAUCUUAAAGCCAUAAAAAGGAAUGUUAACGGAAAUUAUAUACUGACGUUUCAGCCAACGGUGACAACUGCUGGAGUAACUACGGAUGACAAGAGACGUCCGGUCGUUAAAACUUGUGCUAAGAAAGUACUACUUGCAAUUCCUAGAUUAGCUUUAGAACAUCUGGAUUGGGAGGGACUUCGACAAGAGACAGUUCAAGAUUACCUGAAAUAUUCGCUGAAGGAAAUCCAUGCCGCUAAAAUAUAUUUUGGGUACGACAAUGCUUGGUGGCGAAACAUUACUAUGGCAACGAAAUAUGCUGUGUCGAUGACACCUUUGAGACAAACAUACGAUUUUGGCGUAUCGAAAACAAAUUCAAAAGGUGUUUUGAAUACGGGAUACUCAGAUGGAGAUACCAGAAUGUGGCGGGAAGCACUAAGUUCCGGUAAACGUGUACCAGGAAUCGGUGACAACUCUAUUGCUAUGACCAAUCUUAGCGUGUAUCUGGCACGGAAAUAUUACGCGGAAAUAUUCAACAUAGCCGAUGUUCCGCAACCAAAUUCUGCUGUAAUGACCGUCUGGGACCAGUAUCCAAUCGGUGCUUCGUGGUACUCAUGGGCACCAGGGUACAAGUGGGAUGAAGUGGAAUCACGCAUGAUCAAACCGUCAGCGAUAGAUGACGUAUACAUUACGUCAAAUGUUUUCUCAAGUAGCGGGCGUUCUGGAUGGAUACAGGGCGGAAUGGAAAUGGUCGAGAAAGUUCUAAAGUAUUUAAAAUAAAGGCUUUGAAUAUGUAUGUCACUUAAAAUAUGCG